AUGCGAGCAGCUCUGAUCCCACAAACCUACGAUCAAAGACCUUCCCACUCUGCUGCUACUGUUGUUGUUGCUGUUCAUCCCAGCUUUCAAUUAAGCCAAAUUGAAGAAAAUACUUUUAUAAUUCUCACCUAUAUCUACAUUUUCAAACUGAAGCAAUUUACGCUGGACUUCUUUCUGGAAAUAUUGGACACUUUAGACCCAAUCCAUGUCAGCAAGUAUCUGGACUUUUUAACCAGCAAGGACCAAAUCAUCAUCCAGAUAACUAAAGUUUGCCGACCAUUUUAUGACGAGAAAUUUCUCAAAAACAAAGUCAUGAAGCCACUUCUUGAUUCUCCAGUUAUGUUCUGUUGUCUACAAAAUGGCAAUGCAGCGACUGAACAGACUGGGAGAACGGAUAUUCUUCAUGUUCUUUUGAUUGCUUCCAUUGUGCCUGGGUUUGAGGCUUUUUUUUUUGUUUCCUUAUUCUUUUUCUUCUUUCUUUUAUUAUUUGAAAUUUUAAUUUUUUUUAUUUUUGCAGUUGUUAAACCAUUCAACCUUACCAAACCGGCUUUCAGGAAAGUUCCGAUUCCCCAGCCUAUACCAAAAUUAGGAAAAGCAAAGCCAGUACCAAAAACAUUAUAUGAGGAACCAAGUGAAUUCAAAACCCUCUACAGCAUCAAGAAGAACAAUAAAGUGCUCGCAGAGGAGCAUCUGAAGGAAUUGGCUAACCUUGAACUGAAGUGUGCUGACCCAACACUGAAGGAAAAAACUUACCUGAAACUGAGAGAAAUAGAAAACGAGAGAAAUAAACUGUUACAAUUCAACAAAAAGAAGUGCAUCAGUAUGCCAAAUUUUGAGACUCCAACACCUAUUAAGAUGACAAAAGCAGCUGUCCUCAGAGAAGGAAAAGUUCAUUUAAAUGAAGAAGAAGCAGAACUAAAAUGGCUUGAGGAACUGGAAAAAGGAGGAAAAGAAGACAGGCAGUUUGUGAAAUGGCAGAGCACAAUGAAAGAACAAGAUAUGAAACAGUCAAUGCUAGAAUUGGAGAAGCUACGAUUAAAAUCGAAAAUUAUUCGAGAAGAUGCCAUUCUAGCAAAAGAGAAACUACAGGAGGAGAAUCGACGUACAGUGCUGCAAUUGAAACAAGAAACAGAGGAGAUGCUGCAAGACUAUCUUCAACAACAGCUUGAAGAAGAACAACAAUCAAAGAAGGUUGUUCAAGAGAUUGCAGAAGGUCAAAAAAUGGCAAAAGAUGCCAAGAAAAAAGUGCAUGAACAGAAGAAGAAGAUAGUGCAGGAUGUGCAGCGAGGCAAACAAGAGCUGAAUGCAGCUGCCCUGGAGAAUGCUACAAUAGAGAUGCAGAAGAGACUUGAGAUCAUCGAUCGCAUCCGCGUGUUGACGGCCACACAACAGUGCCACAACACCAAGCUGUUUGACACGACUGAAACUUCUGGAUCAGGCUUACUCGGUGAAAUGUCACUGGCUGAGCUACAAGAGAGAUUGGCAGUUAUGAGAAGGUGGGAACAAGAGGACCAAGAAAAGAAACGCUAUGAGAUUUUAUUGUCUAAACAGGCAUCACAAGAACUAAUUUCAGACACAUUAGAUGUUAUACUGAAACACCGUAAUGAAAAAUCCCAAAUGACAUCUCUGAGGCGCCAGAAGCAAAAAGAGGCAAUAAAAGAAGAUUCCCAUUCUAAGAUAUAUGAUGAUGAAAUAAAUGUUCUUCAGAGGCUGUUAGAAGAGAAACGGUCUCGAAGACUAAAGUGCAUGCAGCCAUCUUCAAAGCAAAUCAGCAGAAAGAUCUCACCUCACAAACAGGGGCUGGGUUCAUCGCACUAUCAAAGAAGGAAGGAAACAUUCCUUUCCCUACUGGUCUCCAAAGUGAUGGACACUCCUGCUGGUAAACAUUUGGAAGAUCAUAACUUACAUCCAAAGCGAUGACGACUUAAGGCAAGUAUAGAUUUCAUUGGCUUUUGUUCCUUUAGGGAUCAUUGGCAGGAUUUGGCAAAAGUCACCUGACAGUAGUGCCAAUGCUAUUCUUCCCAUUUGAGAGCCAUUCUCAUGCAAGUCUUGGAAUGUCUUACCUUUAGGCCUCCAGAACAC